AUGCACUACGUCACCGAUCGGGACCCGGUUACGCCGGAACGCUUGUGUCGCGCCUUGUAUUCCCUUGCAAAUUUUUGUUCUCGAACCUCUUAUCACAAGUUCAAAAUGAAAGUCAUCAUCACUGGCGCUACAGGCUUCGUGGGUAGCGCGGUAGUGCGCCAAUGCAUUAAAAACCCCGUCAUCACAAGCGCGUUGAUUCUGACGCGGAAGCCUCUAGAAAGAGACAUCUCUGAAAAUCCAAAAAUAACUGUUAUCAUUCACGAAAAUUUGGGAAGCUAUCCAGCCGAGCUCUUAACACAGCUUAGCGCUUUCCGUUUUCCUGACCUAGAAACGUGCCAAAAGGUACACGACUUCACACUUACUGCUGCAAAUGCCUUUGUGAAUACCUUGGCCCCGGCACUCAACGGGAAGAAGUUCAAAUUUGUCUUUUGUAGCGGAGCUUGGGCAGAAUGGGAUCAGAAGAAGCCCUUGUGGUUCAUGAAGGACACUAGAAGGAUUAAGGUUGGCGCAUCCAAAAACUUACCAUCGUACGCUGAGAUUUAG